GCCGCGCCCGGGCGCCGGUCCUCGCCGGGAUCCCUUCCGCUGCCCUCCACCCGCCGCCGGGCUCGGCCGGGUCGCCUCUCCCCGCCGCCCCUCGGGCUCCGCGCGGCCGUCGGCAUCUCCGCCCGCAUUCGCCUCCCGCUCAGCGCCCGCCCGCGGGGAUGGCGGUGGGCUCGUCCGCUCCGCGCUGCCCUCCGCCGCCGCCUCGGGGCUCCCGGCGGCUCCCGGGGCGCAGUACCGCCGCCGCAGACACACGUACUUGGCGCCGGUGUCGGGCUCCUGGCGCACGGUGGCCACGGCGUUGACCAGCUCUUUGAAGCGCUGCCGGGCGGCGGCGCGGCGCUCGGGCUCCGGGGGACUGAGCCAGCCCCGGAAAUGCUCCCGCAGCUCCUCGUGGCUCGCCCGCCCGCCCCGCUCCGCCAGGAACCGCACCACCGCCUCCUGGCCCAGCUCGGCGGGCUCCGCCAUCACCGCCGCUUCCCCAUCGCGCUCAGAGCCGCUGACUGCCGCUCAGCUCAGGGCGAGGCGCGGCCGCCGCUGCCGCCCGGGCCCCUCCUCCGGGCGGUGCGAGGCCGCUCAGAGCCGCGGCUCCGGCGCGCCCUCCUCCGGCCGGGAGGGGCCGGGGCGGCUCCAGCCGGGCGGUCCCGCGUCUGCCCGCCUUCCCCGCCGCCCGCUGGGUCCCUGCGCCCUCCCCUCCGCCGAACGGCUCCUCCCGGUCCCCGCUGGGGCUGCGGCGGAUGGGAGUGUUCUGCCGCGGCUCUCCGUCUUGUCUCCCUGCUCUCCGUCCCUCCUGGGACCAUGGCCGGCGCGGGGCAGCCGAGCGAUCGCCUUCGAUCCUUAUCCUUGUCUGGCCAUGUUGGUUUUGACACUUUACCUGAUCAGCUGGUUAACAAAUCCAUCAAGGAGGGCUUUUGCUUUAACAUUCUUUGUAUCGGGGAAACUGGAUCUGGGAAAUCUACCUUAAUAAACUGUCUAUUUAACACCAGUUUUGAUGACUCCGUGCCAACUCAUUUUCACCCAAAUGUAAGACUUAAAGCUCAGAGAUAUGAACUCCAUGAAAGCAAUGUUCGUUUGAAACUAACCGUUGUGAGUACCGUGGGAUUUGGUGACCAGAUAAACAAAGAAGAUAGCUAUCAGCCAAUAGUGGACUACAUAGAUGCACAAUUUGAAGCCUAUCUCCAAGAAGAACUGAAAAUUAAACGUUCUAUAUGUAACUACGAUGAUACUCGCAUCCAUGUGUGCCUCUACAUCAUUUCACCUACAGGCCAUUCCCUGAAGACUCUAGAUUUGUUAACCAUGAAAAGUCUAGAUAGCAAGGUGAACAUUAUACCAAUUAUAGGCAAAGCAGACAGCAUUUCUAAAACAGAACUGCAGCAAUUCAAGAGGAAACUUAUUACUGAAUUAGUUAGCAAUGGUGUCCAGAUAUACCAGUUUCCAACUGAUGAUGAAGCCGUCUCUCAAAUUAAUGCCAUCAUGAAUGGACAUUUACCUUUUGCUGUAGUGGGAAGUACAGAAGAGGUGAAAAUUGGAAACAGAAUGGUGAAAGCUCGUCAGUAUCCUUGGGGCAUUGUACAAGUGGAAAAUGAGAACCACUGUGACUUUGUGAAGCUCCGUGAGAUGCUUAUUUGCACGAAUAUGGAAGAUUUAAUAGAGCAGACUCACGCAUGCCAUUAUGAGCUGUACAGACGCUGCAGACUACAGGAGAUGGGCUUCAGAGACAUUAGCCCCGAGAACAAGCCAGUAAGUCUACAGGAAGCGUAUGAGACAAAGAGGCGUGAGUUCUACCUUGAGCUGCAACGAAGAGAGGAGGAGAUGAGGCAGAAGUUUGUGCAGAGAGUGAAGGAGAAAGAAGCAGUACUGAAAGAUGCAGAGCAACGAAUACAGGCUAAGUUUGAACAUCUUAUGCUAAUGCAUCAAGAAGAGAAACUGAAAUUAGAGAAGAAGAGGAAAGCUCUAGAGGAGGAAAUAGCUCUGUUCAACAUGAAGAAAGCUAAUGCUGAAUUACUCCAAACAAAGCCAGUGGUCUCUACUCCUGUUAGCUUGAAGAGAGAUAAGGACCGCAAAAAUUCCAGCUUUACAUAGUACCAGUGGUGGAAGAACGAUCAUUUCUUUUGGGGAAGCUGUGAUGCACAGUAUGGUUUUGGAGGUCAAGGAGUUGCAGUUUCUUACUAAAGGAACUGGAUGAUCUCUCUUGGUUGCUGCAGGCUACAAGAGAGUUGAUAAGUUUGAGUGUCACGCACAUGGUGCAACAUUAUUGUCACUGUCUAUGGACUUUGUAGUAUGUGUCUACCUUGAUGCACACUUGUAUGCGUGGCCAACUUUGAUUCAUUUUAUGUGCAUUUUACCAAAGAAAAGAUUCAUGCUAUGAACAGUUUCAUUCAUAGUAUGAAUGCCUUAGCACAUAAGUAUUCAGUGAAUAUACCUACACUAGAGUUAUUUUCUAUAUAUACUCUAAAGAGUUAUUUUCAUAUGACAUAUUAGUCUACUAAAUAUUAUUUAAUACCAGUGCUGACAUAAUGUAACCAUUUACUUAUUUUGCUGACGGUGGUUUAUUUAUAGGCUUUUAUUUACAAGCACCAUCCUCAUUCUUAGAUGCAACCCACUGAGAUACUCUGCAGUGCUGCGCUGUUGCAUGAUAUUUUAUCUAACGUUACUAAUGAUUUGGAAAGCACCUACAACUUCUUGUUGCUUGUGACGGGUGUUCAGUUACAGCAGAGGUUAAACUUAACACUCUUAACUUCAAGAGCUUUGGGUUAAAACAACUUUCACACAGUUAGGGGUUUUUUAUUGUAUUUUGAGUCGUCAUAGUAACAAAUGGGAAACAAUCUCCAGGAAAUGCAGUUCUCUGAAGUGAUUCUGUAGGACUUUUCAGAAGUGAAAUACUAAGUUGACAGAAAUAAAAUACUUUGGUUUUGCUUAA